CUAUUAUCACGAAUAUAUAUCACAAAACCUUUCCCGUUUUUUACAUAACUUGACGUCCAAAGAUCCUAAUGUAGGCAUUCAGGCACCAAGUAAUACAAAGAAUGACUUAGUACAAUACACCUACAUUGAUGCAAUGCGUCAAGCGUGCAUUGGAGCUGAAAUCUACUUGGUGUCCUAUGUAUCAUGGAGUAUUACACCAAUCUUUGUGGCACCCAUCUACCUAUAUUAGAGCAAUGUUCCAAAAGCUUAGCAGUAGUGUACUUAAAUAAAAAGAAACAGCUUGAGGAAGACAAAGACUCAGAAGAUUACAAGAAUCUGUGCAUAGCUGUAUCAUUGAUUUACGACUUCAAGACCUGGACCAAAGAAGAAAACGAUUUAGCAGAAGGCACCUAUGUCAGAAAGUUCGCCAACAUUCUCGAUAUUUUACUAGAAGAUGAAACUGUAAAAGCCUAUGAUGGUGAAAAGUUCAGCACAGCUACAUCAUUUAUACAGAUCUUGGAUGAAAAUGAAGAAAAUAGUGACCGUAGAAUUGCUUCGAUAACAGAAACCAACCACAGUCAAAUCAAUAUUAAAUUAUGUGCUAUAGAGUAUAAACUUCUUAGUGCUAAUGACAGCCUUUUUAUACAACAACAAUCAAAGAAUACGGGUGUAUCUUGGGCAACAUUCAUAACAUCACUAACAAAACAACAAGCAGUAUCUUAUACAUGAACUGGAAAGGCAAGUAAGGAUAUUUGGCACAAAUUUUCCGGUUUAAAGACAUUAUGAAUUUACAAUACAUC